UUCGCUUUUGUCACUGCGAUGGCGGGUGUAACACUUUCAAACUCACUCGAUCGUUCCGAAUUGGAAACAAUAUCAAAUGAAAUACAGGAAAAAAUUGAACAUCUAUUAUUAUCAAAAGUAGAAGAAAUAUCUAAUUGGAAAUCGAAGUAUGAAAAACUCCGAGUAAAUUCAGAACAACAGUAUUUUGACAUUGAAAAGCAGUUAAUAACAAGCAAUGGAAAGCUAGAAACAGAGACCUCUCAUAGACAAAUUCUUCAAGAGAAACUGACUGAGUUGGAGUCGAAAUAUGCUGAGACUACCAAAAAGCUUCAUGAGUUGCAAGAGAGCUGGGAAAUUUUACAGUCGUCUGAACAUGAAUACAAAAGUACUAUUCAGCUGCUUGAAAAUGAAAAGCGAGACUUGACAAUUAUUGCUAAUAAGCGUAACAAAGAAAUCGAUAGAUUAAAUGAGGAAUUAAAUGAAAUCAGCAAAAAGUUAACUUCAGCUAAUAAUGAAAAAUGUGAAGCCCAAGCACGGCUAAGUGAAAUUCAAGCCGAGGAAGUUUCUAGAGAGUACAGAGAGAAAAGACUUGAAAAAGAAAAAGAACAGCUUGAAAAGCAAGUUGAAUGGUUUAAUGAUCAACUUACCGAAAAAACGAAUCAGCUGAGCAAUGUGCGAAAAGAAAAGACUAGCCAUUUACUUGAAAUUCAAUCACAGCUGGAGGAAAAGACACAAGAGCUUUCACACUUCCAGACUCUUGUUAAUACUCUCAAAGAGACAGCAGAGGAACAGAAUACUAAAAUGGAUUCCCUAAAUCAGAAACUCAAAGAUGAGAGAGAUGCACAAGUCCAGUUGGAAGAACAGUUUAGGCAAGAACUCGCUGUUCAAAAAAGGUUAACAGACCUUUACAAGGUUUCAGCUGAAGAAAAUGAUGAAAAGGUAACAGAGUUAACUGGUGCUGUUGAAGAACUUCGCAAGCUUCUUAAAGAAGCCUCUUCUGCUUAUACUGAGCUAGAAACAGAAAAGUUGAAGGAAGUCAGUCAACAGGAAGCAUUACUAAAAGAAAAAGAUGACUUAAUUUCAAAACUACAACAAGAAUUAAAAAAUGCUAAUGAUCUUAUGUUAGCUCUUAAAAAAGGUGCUGUCACAUUAUCAGAAGAGGCAGUUGAAUCACUGUCUCCAUCAGCUGCUGCUACCAGCAAGCUGCUCAAAUCAGGCAUGUCUCUUACACAGAUUUAUAAUGAAUAUGUACAAGCAACAGAUGAACUCAGUGAAGAAAGAGAAGAAAAUAAAAGACUCAACUCUUACUUAGAGCAGAUCCUCCAGGAGAUACAAGAGAAAGCUCCCCUACUCAAGAAGCAAAGAGAAGAUUAUGAAACAGCUCUUACCAGUAUUGAACAGAUGACCUCACAGUUAGAUUCUACCAUGUUGGAAUGUGAAAGAUUAAGAACAGAUGCUGAUGAUAUGAGGAGUAGAUAUGGACACGUUCAGAGGGAAUGUGUCAAGUAUCAGCAGUCAGUCAGUGAUCUGGGGAAACAGGUGCGACAUCUACUGAAAGAGGUGGAAGAACUUGGAGGGGGAAGAGUAAUUAGAGAUGAGAUGGACGUGUCAUCUUCUGAAGUCUCCAGUUCAUCUAAUAUUAUUACUGAAAAACUUGUCACAUUUAGAAACAUAGAAGAGUUACAGCAGCAAAACCAGCGCUUGAUUGAAGUUUGUAGAGAGCUCAGUGAUAAAAAGGAACAAGAAGAAAAUGAUGCAACAGCAGAAAAAACAAGGGAAUUAAAAGAACAGCUUGAUUUUACCAUGACAGAGUUAGAACAUUUAAAAGAUGCACGUGCCAGACAAGCUGAACUGGUGGAGUCCAUUGUCAGACAAAGAGAUAUGUACAGAGUUCUUUUACAACAAAGUGGCACUUGUUCAGAGCUUCCUCAUGCAGCCCUUGUUACAUCAACACCAGUUUCCAGUAUGUCUAAGGCUGUUGCGGCACAGGAUAUUAAAUCUGACGACACUUCCAAAAAAGAACUUGAAGAUACCAAAAAUGCACUGAAUGAGCUUAAAGCAGAGUUUGAAGCCUAUAAAAAAGAUAAAAUGGAAAAUGAAAAGAUACAAAAUGAGACUUUAGAAAAGAUGCGUCAGAACCUUUCUGACAUGCGAGUAGCAAACACUAAGCUCUCUACACAGCUGGAAUUUGCUACUGACCGCUACAAGAUAGUCCAGAACAAUGCAGCAGGUUAUAAGAAAGAAAUAGAUCUGCUACAGGAGAGAAACCACCAGUCAGCUGCUACUAUUUUAAGACAUGAAUCAGCAGUUGCUCAUCUUAAAGAAGAGUUGAUGGCUGCCCAAGAAAAUGUUGCUAGAUGGCAAGUCCAGGUAGAAAAUCUAAAAGCUGAAAAAGAAUUACUGAAAAACCAAGAAAAACGUUUAAGGUUGGAUUUGGAAAGUAUUCGCAGGGAACAAACGUCACAGACUUUGUUGAUGACCAGUUUACAGGCAAUACAGAAUAACCAAGAGAGAGCAGAGUUUGAAUCUCGUACCAGACAUUCAAAUCAGAUAGAGGGGCUAGAGAGAGAGGUAGCCAAUUUAAGAAGGCGACUAGAAACUUCAUUAGAAGAAAAAACUCAGCAGGCUACAGCAUGGGAAGAUAUUGUAAAAACUGUACACUUAGAGCUGAAGCAUGAGAAAGAGAAGCAGGCAACUCUACAGGCUAAAGCAGACAAUGCUAUCCUUGAAUUGGAGACAGUAAAACAAGAGCUUAGUACAUGUGAAGCUAAACUUGUAGCAGCUGAAUUAAAACUGGAGAAUCUUUCUAAACAGCCCGGAGAAGAGGAUGGAAUAUCAAUUGUUGAUUCUAGAGUUGAAACUGAGGCAGUGAAAGAUCUUAAGAAUCAAUUAGCUCAGCAGAAUAUUCUUAUUAAAAACCUAAGACAACAAGUUGAGGCUGCUAAAAAACAUGCCAAUCAAUACAAGACUAUUGCUGACAGUGUGGAGCAGAAUCUGAAGGACCAGGCCAAGGCCAGCAGAGAACUGCAGGAAUCUUGUGAAAAGAAGGUUGAAGAAGCAUGGCGAGAAAAAGAAAUAUUGGCUAAACGUUUGGAACUUUUGGAAAAGGAUCAUGAAUCAGCAGUAGCAGAGAAUGUUAGACUUUCAAGUGAAAGUGAUUCACUACAUGGUGACUUGAGAAACCAACUAGCAUCUCUAAGACAUGAGCUUGAAGAAGCACUAAGCCAUAAACAAACAGCUCUGAGCAACUGUGAGGCAGCUCAGGAAGAUCUGAAGAAUCAAGCUGAUCUUGCAUCUCAGGCACAAGAUAAAUAUGAAAGGGAGUUAAUGCUACAUGCAGCUGAUGUUGAGGCCUUGGCAGCAGUGAGAAAACAGCUAGAAGACAUCCAAGAACAUCUGCAACAAUCCCAGGAAGAAACAAUUAUGUACGAGAAGCAGUUCACUGAAUCCAAGACCUCAUGGUGUGAGCAGGAACGCAUAUACAAGGAAGAAAUACAAAUGUUGGAAACAAGGUGUGAAGAGCUGACCAAACAAAACUCAGUGCUACAUGAUCAGAUGGCUAAACUGAGUUCUGAGGUUAUCAACAUACAGCAAUCUGCACGUCGAGAUUCUGGUCAAGGUAUCAACACAUCAUUUAGUGAUGAACAGGGCAAAACUUCAGAUCAGUUGCUUGAAGUUAUCAAAUUCCUGCGGAGAGAAAAAGAAAUAGCUGAAACUAAAUUCCAGGUUGUGCAGACAGAAUGUAACCGUGUCAAUCAAAAGCUUGUGCAUGUAGAAAAGCAACUUGAGGAAUCAAAUAAAGCUCUUGCGUCAGAAAGACAAAAUGCUCAGGUGAAUGCUGAAACUGUUGCCAACCAAGUAGAAUUAAUGAGAAAAGUUAGCAAUUUGAAUGUCCUUACUGAUAGCAAUAAGCUAUUGAGAGAUGAGAGAGACCAACUUCUUAAUGCUAAACAAGAGCUUGAAGCUAAGAUACAUAAAUUGGAGUCUGACAUAGAACCUUUACAAAACAAAUUGCGUGAAUUUGAAUCUGAAAAAGAUACACUGACUGUUGAAAGGAAUACCUUGAAAGAUGAACUUGAUCGUUGGAAGAAUAGAACUACAAGUCUUAUUGAACAAAGUCAUAAAACAGAUCCUGAAGAACAUAAGCGGCUCAUUCAGGAAAAAGAAAACCUGAGAAAACAAUUAGCUCAAGCCAGAGAGGAGAGCUUCAAGCAUAAGAAUGAGCUGAGCAGAUUAACAACUAGCAACAACUCACUUCAAACAGAGCUGAAUAACAUCAAGCAAGAAUCUUCUAAAACAAGUCAAGAGGCUACAACAUUAAAGAAACAACUUGAAGAAAAAACCAAAGAAGCUGAAGAAAAAACUACAACAAUAAAUCGUUUGAAACAAAUUGGUCGCAAGUACAAGGAACAAGCAGAGAAAACGACAAAAGAGUUGGAAGAUGUUAAGGCUAAAGCUGCGGGUCAGGAGACUGAUAGAGUUACCUUGGCCUCACUUGAAAGUACUAUAGCUGAGCUGCGUCGCUUGAACUCUGAGAACAGUGAGACCAUUGCUAACUUACAAACUAAGCUGACUGAGACUCAGAAUGAGAACACUGCAGCUGCAAUGAGAGCUGAACAAGCUGCUUCUGAGAAUCUGGUCUUGAAAGAAAAUAUAAACUCUAAAGAAAAGGAAAUGGCUCAGAUACAAGAGAAAAACACAAAGUUGAAAGAUGAGCUAGAUGAGUUUGGUAGGAGAGCUGCUGAAGCUGAGAAGAAACUCACUCAGUCAAGGCAAGUACUGCAGAAUGCUAGAAAUAAAAUGAUGGUCCAGAAGACACAGAUGGAAAACCUUGAAGAGGAAAAUAAGGCGCUGAAAGCAAAAACAGCUUCAGAACAUGGCGGCUCGACAAGUGAUACAAACCCGGAGGAUUCAAAAAGUGCAACAUCGGCAUUAGAAACACAGCUAGAAAGAGUGGUGAAAGAAAAUGCUGAGCUUCAGACCAAAGUACAACAACUUCAACGUCAACUUGAAGCUGCUCAGCACAAGCACUCACCACCUCAACAACCAGUAGCUGCAAGGCCUGCUAGCUCUGUUGGACCAAGCACAACAUGUAGUGAUGCCCCCAAGACAGCCAACAUCAAACCCAUGACCACUGCAGCAUCCAGCUCUAGACAACCUGUACCCAUUACCUCUCACAGUCCAGCAGCCACCAAAGCUACAGCCAGUAUAAGACCAAUGGCUAUUUCUCCCACGACCACACCCCUGCCACUAUCUACUGGAACUCCUACAGCCACAGUAAUGCCCACUACAGCCAAUCAACAUGAUACAUCUGAUGAUAAUAUUACAGCUCCAUCAAGUGGUCAAGGUACAUCUUCAAUCCCAGCAGCCUCCGUAUCAGGUCGCAUACAGAUUGUUGAGCCACAGGUUGUAAUGGAAUGGACACCAGAAUCAUUAGGUCCACCAGAGCAGAUAGAAGAGAGUACAACCAAUCAGGCUGUUGUUACCCCUAGCAUUCAAGAAGCACAUGUGUUUACCAAUACACCAUCCUCUAGCACGGAAGGUAUACAGCCCCAGCAACACACUGCAGGAGUUGCACUGGGUAAAAGAAUCAGAGAGGAAGAAAGUUUUCCCUCAGAAGAAACAGAUUCCAAACGCUCACGUAUCAACACACAAGAACACCCGAUCCCUAUAAUCACAGUGAUAGAUGAAAACCAACAGGUUGUAACCCAGAUUCAGCCCACCCAACAGUUGCCUCAAGGGUUGGUCAAACCAGCAACUUCUGUCCCUGCCAGCUCACGACACCAGGAUAGUGCUAAGGAGCAGACAGAAUCUCAGCGUGAAGAAAAACAGGCUGAGUCAAGACAACACAGCAGCGAUGAUGUUAUAAUGGUACUAAGUGAUGAGGAGGACCAACAGACUGGUAAUGAUCAACAAUUGGAAGAGGAAGAUGAAGAGGACUAUGAAGAUGAUGAGGAUGAAGAUGAUGAUGAUGAUGACGAUGAUGUUGAAGAAGAAGCUGAUGCAGAUGAUGUAGUUAUUAUUGAUAUGGAUGAGUCCCACCAACAACAAUCCUCCUCAGGUGCCAGUCAGCUACAGUCAGCUCCUCGGCCACCCCCACCUCUCCAGCCCAUUCCUCAUGAGCGUCUACCUUCUGUUGGAAGGUCACAGCAGCUGACACCUUUUUUAUUGGGGGGCCAGGGUAAUGUGUUUGAUGAUGAUGAUUGUACAGUACCCAGCACCCCAACUCUCUCCCAACCCAGACGAGGAGACGGAUUUGCUGAGGCCCUUAAUUCACCUGCUGUUCCUCAGCGUUUUCUAUUUGGUUCAGAAGGUAGCAGCAACCCUGACUUGGCACAACUAGAAUCACAAAGAGUAGGCAUGGAUGAUACACGCAUGGACUUAUCACAAUUUGAUGAAACAAGGAGUGUCCCAACCACACCAUUACACACAUCUAGCCAUGAUUCCCACCAAGAAACUCCAUCAUUAGAGGAAACCGGUGAUGAGGAAACUCAAACACAGGAUCCUGCCAGAGGAGAGGAAGCAGAGGAAGAAGAUGCUCUUCUAGAGGCUGAUGGGGAGACAGAAGAGACAGAGGAGACAGGAGGUGCAGGUGUUGGAGAAGAGGAGUACCAAGAAACAUCUGCAGAUUCCCAUGCAGGAGGUGAUGUGCGGCCAGGAUCUAGUCGAGAUGAUGCAGAUAGUGGCCAAGAUAAAUCUGAAGGUGCAGCCAAACCUCAGAUCAAGAAAAUAGUCUGGGCAGACCCAGGCUCUUCUGGAGCUUCACCAGCCCCAGUCAACCCUAUUGGAACAGUUGUGGGAGGGAGCAUUAGCAUUCCACCCUUGAUACCCCAGCAGCAGCCAGCUAGGAGGGCUCAUGGUCUGAGACGAGGUGGACCUAACCGUGGACGGGGGAAUCAGUUCUGGCCUCCCACUACUCAGAGCAGAGGAACUGCUCAGUUUAGUCCCAGGAGCCGUGGUGCAAGGGCUGGUUUUAGAGGGUUUCACCCUUAAAACAUUCUUCAUUUAUCUAUGUAGAGAGGACGUGUCUUCUGAUUUUUUUAAAUAGCUGACUGACCAAAUCAGACAGAUACAGGUAACAUUCACCAGGAACUUUGUAUAAAUGAUUGUAUGGGAAUAAUAAAUAAUUAAAUACUUUU